CAGAAGUCAGCCAAGGAUGGGAGUUCUGGCCAUGAUUCAGAUAGAUUUGUUGAUGGUCAAUCUGAUGAGAAGAAAGUUAAAAAGAAGAAAAAAAGUAAAACCCAAGCACAUGGGGAAGCUGUGAACACAGAUGUACCUCUCUCGGUGGCAGAAGAGAACGCUGAUGCCAAGCCAUCUCAAAUUAGGACCUUCCCAAGUGGAUUGAGUAUUGAGGAGUUAGAAGCGGGAAAACCAGACGGGAAAAUUGCCACUUCAGGGAAAAAGAUCAGCGUUCACUAUAUUGGCAAGUUGAAAGAGAAUGGAAGAGUAAUUGACUCAACUGUUGGCAAUGCUCCUUUCAAGUUUCGCUUAGGUCAGGGAAAAGUUAUAGACGGCUGGGAUGUUGGUCUUGAUGGUAUGCGAGUUGGCGAGAAAAGAAGACUUGUUAUCCCACCACCAAUGGGCUUUGGGAGCAAUGGAGACGGUAAAGACGUGCCACCAAACGCAUGGCUGGUAUACGAUAUUGAAUUACUGAAAGUUCGUUGAGUGAUCGAUUCUACUGCCUCCGGUACCGGCUUUUGCUUUUUUCUUUGUGCAAAUUUUGUGAUUUUUCUCCCCUUCAUCAAAUGCAAAA